GGGCAGUUUGGAUGGUCUUGAAGUCUUUUGUCCUUUGAAGCACAAAAUUGUGCCCUUUUAACUGAGAGAUGACCUGGAAGGGAAUGGAAAGGGAGGGCCAUGUCUUCAAUGUCCCAAGUAAUUUUCCAGAUGAUUAGUUGGAGCAACUUUUGUAUAAAUCAGUAACAUUUGCCUUUCAUUUCCUAAUCCCAGGUUUAAUGUAGACAGCUCAAAUGUAAAGUGAGAUUGACGUAUCAAUAUACAUACAUAUACAUACACCUAAGUGAUCCAAGCUGAGGAAAGACAUUUUGAAUCCGAUGAAGAGCAAGAGAUGACAGGAGAGAAGGCCAGGUGGUUCAAAUUAGGAAAGCGGUGGUCAGAAAAGAGACAAAUGUCCUCUUUCUCUCUCUUCAGGUGACGAUAUAGGGUGUUGGAAGCAGAUGAAGAUACCUCAGCAGGUGAAAAGAAGAGAAAUCCAUUCAAGAUAGAGACUGUUCGGCAGGAAGAGAUGAGGCCUGAGGAAAUAUGGAGGCCGCGUGCCCAAGGAGGCAAAGGGAACCUUGUGGUUGACAAAAUUCCCGGACAGCAAUGGGAACCUGAAGGGCAACAACUAGUUAAGCCCAUACAAAGAGAGAAUGAAGGUACUGCACUCUCGAAAGGUCUUCUAGGUGGAGUUAGCCAGAGGCCCACCAUUCAUGGAGCAGAAAAAAUGCCCUCUUUUUCGCAGGAUGAUGCAGGAUACAGCUACAGAUCAGAAGAUACAAUGCAUACCAGAGUGGAUUCCUAUCCAUUUCCCAUAGUAGUGAAACAUUUCCCGGAAGGAUCAUGCUUUGAUAAACAUCAGGGACUGAAAGUGGGAGAGAAGGAAAACGAAGUCUCUGAUUGCAGGAAGAAGGGGAAUUUAAUGGGAUGUCCAAGUAACCUUUCAGGGAGGAAUCCCUAUGCUUAUGCUGAGUGUGACAAAAACUUAAAUUAUUUAUCGGCGUUCAUGACAAACCAUGAGGUUCCUUUGGAAGGGAGACCGUACAAGUGCUCUUCUUGCGGGAAAAGCUUCAUGUUGCUAGAAAGGUUAAUCAGGCACCAGAAAAAUCAUACCGGGGUGAAGCCGCAUAAAUGUGGCCAGUGCGGGAAGUGCUUCAGCCAGAGAAACCACCUGAAGAAGCACGAGAGGAUUCAUACCGGAGUGAAACCGCACAAAUGCUCUCAGUGCGGGAAAUGCUUCACCCACCGGGACCAUUUGAAGAACCACCAGAGAAUUCAUACCGGAGAGAGACCCUACGACUGCCCUGAGUGCGGUAAGAAGUUUAGCCGGAGAGAACAUUUGAAGAAACAUGAGAGGAUCCACACAGGAGAGAAGCCAUAUGAGUGCCGUCAGUGUGGCAAAUGUUUCCGGCAGAGAGAACACUUGGUAGGACACCUGAGGACCCACAAUGCGGAAUGGCCCCUGAAAUGCCCCGAAUGUGGCAGAGAAUUUUCUCGGAGAGACAUAUUGCUCAAACAUCUGGAAACUCACAAGGGACAGAAAUCGUAUAAAUGUGGGAAGAGUUUCAAUCAGAAAGGUAGACUAAUUAAGAUUCAGAGCACCCCUUCUCCACACUGAUACAUUCUCAGUAUCCACAGGACUCCAGACCCGCCCACCCAUGCCCUGCCACAGAUACCAAAAAAUAUCCAUGCUCAAGUCUCUACCAAAAAUUAUUGUGGUGACAGAAGGUGCAUUUACACUGUAUAUUUA